AUGGAAGAACUUCACAAAAAGAAGAAGCCAGAGCCUGAAUGUGUGGAUGGCAGUGACACCGAAGAUGAUGAUGAGGAAGAAGACGAUGAUGACCAAGAUGAUGAUGAUGCUGGCGAUGAGGAUUUCUCUGGUGAUGAGGGUGGAGAUGAUGAUGAAGAUGGGGAUCCCGAAGACGAUCCUGAGGCCAAUGGAAAUGGAGGCAGUGACGAUGAUGAUGAUGAGGAUGAUGACGGUGACGAGGAUGAUGAAGAGGAGGAUGACGAUGAUGAUGAAGAGGAGGAAGACGACGAGGAAGAAGAUCAACCCCCUGCUAAGAAGAGAAAGUAA